AUGUAUAAAGUUUAUCAAUAUCAAAUGGUUUUAAUGCAUGCAAUUUUCAUAAUUGUUGGAGGAUGGGCUUACUAUACGUGGUUAAAAGAAGUAACCAUGUUUAAUGUUACCGCAAAAUCAUUUGGAAUAGAAAAAAAAUAUUCGGUUUGGCCCGUAUACAUUCCCGAUCAAAUAAUAUAUUUGCUUUCACUGGGAUUCAUACUUAGAGCUAUAAGAGAAGAAUUAAGAUGGAUUAUGAAUAUUUUAUUACUAAUCAACAUUUUGGAAAUUGGAAGUAUUUUAUAUAGGUUAAUCGUAUGGUGUCCUGAUGAUUUAUUGAAUUCCAAUGAAUUUGGUAGAUGCAAGUUUAAAAAUAGAAUUAAAUAUGUCACUGAUUAUACGAUCAUAUUCAUAGUCGUGAGGUAUGUUGAAAUUCCACCAGAAUAUAAUUAUAAUGACGAUAUUCCAAGAAGAAGAAAAGAUGUUAUUGGACGCUUAGCUGAUCGUUCGGAUUUCAAUUUCAGAUACCCGCCAUUUUCAGGCGAAAAUCUUUCAAACCUUCCUUGGUAA